AUGACUCCUCCGCCUGCCCCGUUGCAUCCUCCUCCUUAUUUCGCCAUCACAGGUUAUCUCCACUUUGCACCCUUGUCCACGAUGUUGCCAGCAUGCUCUGAAGUCAUAGUCCUCCUCAUCGUAGCGGGCUAUGUCUAUUGGUACCAGCGCCGCGAUCGUGCGAAUAGGGCUCGCUUGGAUCAUGACAUCGAGUGCCAGCAACAACAGGUUGGAGUGGCAGCCUCGCCGCCUAUGGUCGUGGUCAUGCUGUCUAGUGGUGAUGCGAGGAAGUUUAAUAUUGAAGAGUAUGUGAUUUGCCUUAGGAGUUUCGAGGAAGGAGAGGAGUGUUGUGUGCUCAAGACUUGUAACCAUGGGUACCGUGAAAGUUGCAUCAUGGAAUGGGCCUCCAGAGAUCAGCAUUGCCCGCUUUGUCGAGGCUCAAUCCAAGCAGGGCGGGCAGCUCAUGUUACACCGACUCUUGCCGAUUCCUAG